AUGUCUCCUUAUAUGAACGCGCGAGUGAAAGGCGGGCGUGGAGGCGCAGGGAUGAAGACGACCGCGUUUGGCGUUUUGGGGACGAGACCCCACGCAGCCAACAAGGUAGGACAAACAUGGCGGCAAAGAAGUGGCGAUUUGAUGCAGGCUAUAGUGCCCAGAAGCAGCAGUCCGGUCACACUUUACGUGGAGCUGCCAUGCGCCAUUGAGCAAGCCUUUCCAACAAUCGCGUGGGACGACAUAGAAGACUGCACCAGGCGAAGGGAGGGCGACUCGCUGGGCUCUCAGGUGAAUGAAUCUGAUGGAGAUGAGCAAGACUUUGGCGACUUUGCGCUGGAUUUUAUGGCAGAUUCUCCGGCCACUCUGGAGAGUAGCCUGUGUCCCGCAGAACUGGUCCCCUUUCAGGGCUGCGUCAUACCUCCCCUGUCCCCUCGGCAAGUCUUGUCCCCUGCGGAGGAUAGCCUGCUUCCGGUUUCUCCGGCGGACAUCACCGGCCAGGAUGGAGCAUUUUGGACGAGCAUCAGCGGGGCGGAAUGUUCUGUGGAAGCCGACAACAAGAGAAGACAAGAGGAAAGUGAGGAGGCGGACUUUCACCUGAGGCAGCUUGCAUGCCGGGCAAAGCUGCUGGCGUCCGUGCUGGAGAAACUAGUGGCCGUCAGAGAGACAGCCAUGCCUAAAGCGCUGAGUCCCUGCAAGCGGCGGCGACUGGAUCAGGGGUGCGAGACCUCGGACUCCAUGGAGGAAAUGCUGAGGGACGUCAGCACACGCUGCAAUGCCGUGCUGCUGCAGGCCUAUGCGGGCGAGGACGGUCCACCGCGGGACUCGAACGCCGUCCCCAUGUUUGGCUCCUUCUCGGGCCUGCAGACGUCCGUGGGCAGGGAAAGCGGCGCGAGGACGGACGAGUCGGAAGAGAGCGUCUCGUCUUUCCGCACUCGCAUUCGAGAACACGGCACGAUGAGGACGCAGGUGUUCCCCCAUGGUCGGGCCUUCACCUCCAGCACACAGCAAGGAGGCUACCGCUUUCGCUGGGUCCCCAACCACAGCUGA